AUGUCUAGGUUGGAGGCUAAAAAGAAAGAGGAAUGUGAGCAAGAAAUCAAUGAUGCAUUCCCGGAUGAGCAGGUAUUGGCUGCAAUUCUUGAUCUUAUUCCUUGGUUUGCUGAUUUUGCUAACUUUCUUGUUAGUGAUUUGAUGCCCGGGGGGCUGACAUUUCAGCAAAGGAAGAGGUUCCUGCAUAAUGUGGGUAAGUAUUUCUGGGAUGAACCUUACUUGUACAGGGUGUGUGCUGAUAAUAUCAUUAGGCGAUACGCCCUUGAAGCUGAGAUGUUGCACAUUCUAGAGGCAUCUCACUCCUCUCCGCGGCAAAGAGCCAUCUCUUGGCGCUAUGAGUUACCCAUGACACCUAUUUUGGAGGUGGAGCUAUUUGAUGUGUGGGGAGUCGAUUUCAUGGGCCUAUUUGUGAGCUCCUAUGGACAGAAGUACAUAUUGGUGGUAGUGGACUAUGUGUCCAAAUGGGUUGAAGCAGUUGUUUUGCCUGAGAAUGAUGGGAAGAGUGUUGCUGGUUUUCUGAAAAGGAAUAUAUUCUCAAGGUUUGGCACACCCAGAGCUAUCAUUAAUAAUGGUGGUUCCUAUUUCUGCAACAAGGUAUUCAAUGCACUUCUAGCCAAAUAUGGGGUUAAAUAA